ACUUACAAAAAUCCUUGAAAAUGAACCUUGAGAAACAGCGCUCUACAUAGUUUUUUGCGCGUUUUUUCACCAUAAGAUUUUUUGUGAAAACAAAGUAUAUGGUUAUCUUCGAACUUUUAGUCACUUGUUUUUUUAUUAAGUUUUCAAAUGUCAGGUUUUUCAAUAUCAUGAUUAUAAAACUGCUGUUAGUGAUUUUGUUUAGUCUAACGCCUAAUAUAAUGUUGGCGAAGGUGUGGAAGACUUUCCAAUGAAGACUUUGUUCUUUAGACGUAGUUUAUCCUACAUAAUAUUUGUUGUAUUAUGAUAAUGAUCCGCUGACAAUUUAGACUGUCUUAGACACUUAGAUUUUCUGUAAACGAUUCAUUCAUCUAUAUGAUGAUGAACCUAUAUGGAAUUAUAGCCGAUAUCUUUCAGUUGUUCAAACGUUACUCUAUUUUUAAUCUUGACUUCAAGAAGGGUUUCCAAGAAGAUCUCUGGGCUGCUUUCGAACCAUAUGUGUGCUCGAGAUUUCACAUGGUAAUUUUCAGAGUUGUCCAUAAGGUGUUGUGUAAAUUACUUUUUUUACUUAUUAAUUCAUCGAUUUGUCAAAUCUCCAACGUCAUUCAACAAUUUACAUUAGGUAUACUAAAUUACGAUUAAGAUUUCAGUUGUAAUGAUUUUAUUGACGUAAACGUUUUAAUGUUUAUGUUUAGAACUUAAAAUGAGACCUGUGUUUUAGUAAGAAGGACAAAGACUUGGGAUCUUCUGCUACGGUCGAAAUUAAGAUUACGUUUUAGAAUAAAAAUCUAUGUGCAUGAUUUGAGGUUCAGGGUUUGCUUUUGGGUAGAGUUAAAUCAGACGUAAAUCUGUUCUUCAUAAUAAACCUCAACAUUCAACUCUGAAUCCCAACAUCGAAUUCAAAUUCUGUCCCCAAAUGCCAGUUCAGUCAUACCAUUUAAAUUUUAUUGGAAAAACUUUAGACCUAAAUAUUAUAAGCUUCAACGUUACACCAGACUUUUAAUCUUCUUUGCAGUAUAUCAAAUUACGGUGUUUAACAGGUGUAUUUCGCAGUCCUCUAACAGUAAGUUUAAGAUAGCUUGCAACCUCCGAGUACGUCUCAAUUGCACAUUUUUUUUUACCUAAUAUUAUUUACACUCAUAACAUCAAUGAAGUCUCUAAAAAAGUAACCGUAUCUAUGCACUUGCAUAAAGUGAUUGUUGAACAUGAAUUACGCACUUCCUAUAAUUUUCACAUAGUUAAAGCCUAUUAUACCCCUGUAACAUGGUAUCACAUUUCAUCUUGUGGAAAUGUUUUACAAAAUUCCCGAAGAUGACUUCUAAGUCCUGAUGGAGAGGUUUAUUCAAAGCAAAAUUUAUUUUAGUCUUCAUGUCGUGGUAUGUCACGGUAAGUAAAUUUACAAUCCUUGCAACCUCGAAAUAUUGUAAGUAAAAAUUUUUGUGACAGAACAUAGUCACUAGAUAUCAUAUCUUGUACUGUGAGAUUAAUUACCGUACUUCGAGCCUUUAACAUGCGUUUUAACCUUUUGUUGUUACCAUACUUAUUGGACAAAUUCUACCUCAAAAGUUAACAUAAAUUAUGUAUUCCAUAUGUUCCGCCAUAAAACUAAGUGUAGUGUGGGGAUUAUAAAAAUUUCCGCCUCACUCUUACCUUUUAUAUCGUUGUGCUUAUUUACACAUCUUUAAACUUCUAUAACCUUCAGAUAGAAAUUUUCCAUUUUAGAUUCGUAAAGUAGAUGAGUAUUUAAAUGGGGAUCUUGACAAAAAUUAAUGUUUAUGAAUGUCUCUUUCUACUUGGUAUAUAUUCACUUGGUCUUUUUAUAUUUAUGAGUGGUCUACUGCCAAAUGACCCAGCUACAAAAGUUGAUAAAAUUGGGGAUGUAGAAGAAACAUAUAAGAUUGAUAAAUUUGUCAUGGUCGUAGUUGACGCAUUAAGAGUAGAUUUUUUGUUUUCACCAAAGUACUCAGAAAAUUGGGUCAAGCUUCGUUCGUAUAUGAAUCUCAAGUCGGCCACAUGUUCUGCUUCAAUUGUUCAACCCCCUACUGUGACACUACCGCGAAUAAAGGCAAUCGUCUCAGGGAGGAACCCGAAGUUUGUUGAUAUUUUGCACAACGUAAAUGCAGAAACAAUGGUUGAUGAUAACUGGGUAACUCGUUUGGUAAAUCAUCAAUGGAAAAUUCAAUUUUAUGGGGAUGAUACUUGGAUAAAGCUUUUUCCUCAAAGCUUUCAGGCCUAUGAAGGCACAAAUUCAUUCUACGUUAAUGACUUCCAUGAAGUAGAUGAAAAUGUAACACGUCAUAUUUCGACAUUGAUGACUACACCUGAUACAUGGGAUGGCCUUAUUUUGCAUUAUUUGGGGUUGGAUCACAUUGGACACAUUGAAGGACCUAAGGGAUCUAGCAUCCCUAAAAAAAUUCGUGAAAUGGAUGAAGUUAUUUACAGCAUACUUGAAGUAUUGAUGAACUCUUCAUCAAUUAUCAAUAAAAAUUGGUUAUUCAUUUUAACAGGCGAUCAUGGAAUAAGUGAUAAAGGUAGUCAUGGAGGCUCUACAACUGGUGAAAAAACAACUGGCCUUUUUAUGCUUGGAUCUAACUGGAAUAAAACAAAUGAUCACUUAAAUGAGAACACAUGUGUAACAACAAAUCUAAAACAGUUGCCGCAAACACAACAAGUUGAUUUAGCCACAUUAAUUGGAUUAAUUACGGGAGUUGGUAUACCAGAGAGAAGUUUGGGCAUUUUAUCAUCUUCAUGGUUGUAUAAUUUCUGGUCAACAAAUUAUGAUCGAUUAAAAGUGCUAUAUAUGUUAAUGCAACAUAUUGGUCGUUUAUCUGGUGAAUGUGUAUUUUCAUUGAAGUCAUAUCAUAAACUAGAGCAUAAAAAUUGUAUGUCAAGUGUAUGGAGUCAAGAACGGACUACGGAAUAUAACAUUUUGCUAAAUGAAAUUAUCACUUGGUUACAUUGUCAAAACACUCAGGGAAAUUCAACUAAUGAAUUCAAGCAAAUUGAUUGUGUAAAAUCAGGUUCUCGUUUAAAUGGCGAGAAACUAAUUACUAGUACAGUUAACCUACUUAACGGUAUACAAUCAGAAUCUUUGUCAAAAGUUGAACAUUUAAAUAAUAAACAAAUGCUAUUUGGCGGUAUUUUAAUGUGGAUUGUUACGUUAUUGCUGUUUCACAAGAUUCUCAAUUCAGUUAUUUACUCUUCCGAUACCAAAAAUUCUUUGACAAACAGAAAAAAUCAAAAAACAAUAAUUCAGUAUUAUUAUUCGGAUACAGCUGAUUUGAGUUAUUCAUUUGAUCCGUUAUUAGUUCAAAUUAUUUGUUGGUUCGGCACAAUUUGCUUAGUUCUACAUUCCAUCAGUUUAGCAUCAAGUAGUUGGGCUGAAGAAGAACAUCAAUUAUGGUAUUAUUUUAGUUCAAGUCUUAUAUUACUGACUAGUUUGUUAAUUCUACUUGGCAAUGUUAGUUCAAGUGUGAAAUGGACCAUUUUAAAAGUUAUUUUUAAAAUACUUUUAUUAGAUCGCUUCCUAUUGCGUAGACUACAUCAAACUGGUAAUAAAUGGAUACAUUCACCGGAUAUAUCUGACUGGUUGUACAAACCUGAACAUGUUGCAGUGUUAUGGACUUGUUUAUUGUUUUGGUGGAUCGUAUUUCUAGUAUUUCGUUUCAAAGCAAUUAUUCAUCUGCGUCCUAAUUGUUCAUUAUGGGAAAAAUGUCAAUAUUAUGCCCCAAUGAUCAGUGGAGCUUUCAUAGUUUUCAACCAAUUAUUAUAUAGAAUAGCAGUAUCAGAUUACGAACAUGAAGAUGCUAUCCAAUCAGCUCGAACUGUUUACUUGUUAUGCUUAAUAGAUGCAUUUUGUUUGUAUAAAUCAAGAAGUAUACGUUUAAAUAGAAGUGCUAAUCGUUUAUUUGGUCAAACAUCAGCGAAUUCAUCAAAAACAUUUUGGGAUUCAAUUGUUCAUCCGUUAUCUACAUUAAAUAUACUUGUGUGUUUACUUGGUAAACCUGUGAUUACAAUUUUAUGGCUUAGUAUAUGGAUUAAAGAAGCGUUAACAUCCGAAAUGAUACAAGUAAUAUUUCACUAUUCGGGUAUUCAUUCAUCGCAUAAUACAUUUCGUUAUAUUUUGCCAUUCUGUUCAUGGCUUAUCUACUGGACUCAAGGUUGGGUGAGCUUUUUUCAACAAGGAAAUUCCUUGAGUUUUUCUACCAUUGAUCUAUCUGCAGCGUAUGUCGGUCUUCGAUAUCAUCAACCAAUAAUAGCCGGUCUACUUUUAGCCUUUUACACUUACUCUGGACCAUUAAUAUGGCAAUUAGCCUAUUUUUGUCGAUUUGUUUUAUCUAGACAUAAACAUUUUGGUGAAAAGUUUAAUUGUCUUGUAUUAGGUUUUAUUGUAUUACCUAUUACACUAUGUGGCACAUUUUGUUUCUUUCUACAAUCACAUUUAUUUAUUUGGACAGUUUUUGCACCCAAAAUGUUGUAUUCUGCUGUAUUCUAUUUAACUAUGGUUCCUGUUUUAUGUAUUUGGUCUGUGAUAACGCCGUAAAUGUAAUUUUAAGCAAAAAUUUAUGAAUAUAUGUGGUUUCAUUUCAUGUCUUA